CUCGCGCCCUCUGGGCCCUCCCGCGCGAGUUUCCGGGGUUCCCCCCCUACAUUUCCUAGCAACGCUCCGGCUCCUUGGAUACGAGCUAGAGGAAGCUCGCUCACUGUGGUGAACGGACAACAACAACAUGGAACCCCCAGAGAGGGUGGUGGGAUCUCCUCAGAUGCCAGGUGAUGAAGAUGCGAGUCAGUCUGUUGGACAUGCAUCCAUAAAUCAACUAGAAGCUCAAAGUCAUAGCCGUGCCAGUCAGGACCAGCGGCCGCCCAGGCUGGAAACUCAUGGCUGGGAGCUUCAACAGGGGUGCUCUUUUCAGCAAGAAUUUCAGGACAUUAACCUGUCUCCAGCCCUUUCACUGUUGCCUGUAAACUUCACUGAACAUUCUUUAUUCCAACAAAGCGACAAUGAAUUUGCCCCUUUAAGGGCGUACCCUGACAUUUCCAUGGCAUCAGAGAGGUUUCACGUUCCACCCCAGGAUCGCACUACUCAGGCCUCUGAAUGUGGCUCACUGUCCCAGCACCCUUUGGCCCAGGCAACCAUUCUGUCUGAAGAAGUAAGCAGCUGCUGCUCUCUGUCCCAGCACAGUUUGUCACUAAUAAACGAAGGCAGACGAGAGGAAACUGUUCACUCCCCAAUGAUUGCCACCACUGACAGACAGGGAGUACCAUCCAGAGAUGAUACGGGUAGCAGAGAGAAGGACUUAGUGACACUAACUGGCCCUCCAGACAAGCCAGUAGGAGAGGCUGAUGAAGAUGAGGCAUUCUUUCUGAGUAAGAAUAUUCUUGCCCAGCAUCUUCUGGAUCUCCUUCAGAAAGAAAUUGGCAUGGCAAGCAGCAGUAGUAGUGCGUUUUCCUCUGCCUCGAAGACCUCUGUGAAGGCUGCUGCAUCUUUUCCCAGAGAAUCUAAAAGCAUUGACCAAAGCAUGGUUAGAAGAGAAGGUCCUCCAGGUGAAGUUUCUCUUUCCCAGCAGCACACACAACAACCUGACAGGGAUUCAUACCCUGACCAAUCGCAAACCUUGUCGUCGGAGGUCUGUAACAUCACCGUGGGGUCCCGUAGUACUAAACCUGAUGACAGUAGCGAAGUGUUGCACAGAGAGCUGCUGUCUGAGGUAGAGAGGCGCAGCAGCCGUGAAGCUGAAUCUAAAAACCAACAGUGGAAAAGUCCUACGCCACCCGGUCAAUCUCUCACACCAUAUCCCACAGGGAUGCCUGAAGGCAAGCCAAGUGUGACCAGAACAAAUUUGGGUGGCCUGCAAUUGACAGGACCGUUUUCAGCAGGUUUUGAACGGGGUCACAGAGAGCAGGACCUCUGGUUCUCAGGGAACCAAACGGGGAUUGAUGGGUCCUACCUGGGUUUCCUUCCACAGUCUCAAUCCACUCCAGGGUUUUUCAAAGCCCCACCUAAAUCAAGUGUCAAGGCUAAAUUAGGACAACUCUCUGACAUAGAAUCGCAUAAAGAGAGCUCGGAUCAGUCAAACACAGGGAUCUCUCCACAGCCAGCUGUUCCUGCAGCUGAUGUCCAUCGCUCAGACACAGCCAAUCAGAGCCGAGAAGAAGCUACCUCUGCAAAAGUCCAGUCUCUCCCAAGUCUCAACUAUAUGCAGAAGGUAGACGCUUGGAGGGCAAAUCAGAGUUCAGGCAAGACGUCACUAUUUGAUAGCUUGGCACUGCAAGGUUUUUCUGGCAUCUCUCCUAAAAAGAAAGCUUACGAUGCAGUGUCUGAUUCCCUUAAUCAUAUUCUGAGUCAGCAGGCGAAAAGUUUACAACAGCCUGUUGUUUCAAGUGCUGCCAAUCAGAAUGUCACACAGAGCUCCUCCACGGCUCCUUCUGGCUCUUCUACAAGAAGAGGGGAGGCGGCAGGCGGUGCUCCUAUUGAUACUGGCUCUGCAACAAGACCCUCUGCCUCACAGUCCCACUCAUCUCUUAGCACCAUUGUCAGGUCGGUCCAGAAAGAUCAGCAGGAGAAAAGACCUGGAGAAAAGGGGAACAGUCAGACUCAGGACGAUGGCCGUCAUCAGCCAGACGCCACAGUUCAACCGUCGCCUCGCGUGAGCCUAAGCCAGUUCAGUGAUGUGUCACUUGAUCACGAUUUGACACUCUUAAAUUCCCAAGAUAGUUACAACAGUGGAAUUAAGUUAGGAGCUUCCAUUGGAGCUUCUUCUGUUGUCAGCCUAGAAGUUGAUAACUAUGUCCCGUACUGGACUUCAAAACAAUCACCACCACCUCUGCCCAAACCGCGAGAGCUCAACAUUGAAGAACGAAUCCCGUUGUAUCUCCAUAACCUGGGCAUUGACCAGUCACCCUCAACGAUCUUAACUCCAUUUGUACCCAGAGGGCCAAUCAGAGAGCCGGAAUUCUCUCCCACUGACCUCUGUACAAUUAAAGGAUCUAUUGGAACCCCAACCAAGAGCACCCAACCAUCUGAAGGUGAAAGUCCCCAUAAAGGACAGUUUUCCAGAUCCAGCAUUCUGUCAGUGGACUCCAGUGUAUCCAUACCGUUGAGCCUGGACAGUCUUGGUCCAGGUGCUACUGUCCCAGAGCGGAACAGGUGGGCUUUUCCUUCAUCAGAUACAGAAGCUCUCCAGAGAAAACACAGACCAGCCCCCUCUUCCCUCCCUGAAAAAGACACUUAUCCUUCCACUCAGCAACAGCACACGGACAGCUGCUUAACUAGCAGCCAGCAUACCAUCCAGCUAGUAGAUCGUUUUGGCUCUGACCCCUCGUUAGCUACCAGGGCCAGGUGUGGGGAAAGAGACUUGGAUUCACCCUUGCAAACUAGCCGGAGUUUGGAGGAGCAAAGCGCCGAAGAUUCUACGGUUAGCUCCAAGGCCUUGUUGGAGAUCCGUCAACUACUCUCUCAGGCGGGGAAUGUGCUAUCUGCUGGGUCUUCUGGGGGUUUCUCAGCUUCCCCUGCACCAUCCAGUCUGCUCACCGAUGACAUAUUCCUCUCACUGAAGACAAAAACCUGCAAACUCCAGGACUCCUCAUUCUCCUGUGCUAAUGAGGAUCCCAAAACCCGAUCCUCCCUACUGUGCGCUAGGUCCUCAUCUGACUCCAUGCUGACCUCCGAGAAAGUGAGAGAAAGCUCUAUUGGUCGAGAGAGUAUGACCUCAUCACGGCAACAUAAUUAUUCAUCCACACAAGCUCUUGUUCCUGCACCAGCCAAAGGUGCACACAGAAGGCCACAAGAAAGCACUGCUAGUAGAGGUGCAGGGUCAGCCCUUGUCCUCUCCCAAUCGGCUCGACGGGCAGAACCUGAAGGCUGCAGUGCAGCUCCCCCUGACAACACAGUCCCACCACAGCCACCAGUCAUUGCGCCUUUACCAGUUUUGAGUACACAGACGUUCACCUCUACUCCUACAGACAUAGUGGGUGUCACAGAGGAGGAAAAACCAACUACUCUGGAAGCUCCUGUACAGAGCAGCUCCUCCUCGCCCAUCCUCGAGGACACUGAUCAGGAGCUGAUGAGUGAUGGGAGUAGCGAGGGCUCGCUGGCAGUCAGAGUGGCCAAGUUACUGCAGAGUGAAUCUCCGGCCACCAUGUUGUCCAGUACACCCAGCAUCACUGACCAGGAGGAGAGCAAAGCCAGAGAGUGGAUUAAACUGAAGAUAUCAGGACAGCAGUGUGAACCUCUGGAGUUGGACAAAGAAGACAGAAAGCGGAUUGAAGAGAUAAAGAGAGAGCUGCUGUUAAAAUACCCUAUAAAGAGUCAGGGGAGCACAGAUACAGAGAGCAGUACAUCCAGUAUAAGAGUCCAAACGGUGCAGAAUGCGUCUUGGCAAGCAGCAUUAUCGAAGGCAGUGAAUGUCUCUAACAACCAGCCAUCCCAGCCUCUGCAGGGCCUCCACACAGAUCUCUCGGUCUCCGCCGUGCAGCUUCAAAACCCCCCUCGCCCAGAUCUAGAGGCUCAGAUAUGUGAGAUUGCCGCCAGAGAAGGGGUAACCCUCCCUAGGAAAAACCCUCAGGCCCUCACAUCUAUUACCAUUGCCACCCGCAGGCGGUCCACCUCACCCUCUCCCUCCACGUCGCCUGCACCUCCCUUCAGUCCAGCGCCAGGGCUGCUCCACCUGGCCGAGCUCUCAACAGAAGCAGUCAAGCUUCCUAAAGCUAACAGGCAGCUUCCCCAUACCAUGGCUCAAGAAGAUGAGGCUACCAGAGAGCCAGCAUCAGCGUUUGAACCAAGCAGUAGUCUUCACACCAGAAGCCAAAAUCUGACUUCUACGUCAGCACCAGUGAAUCAGAAGAGGCAAGACGCUGUAGGAGGCCAGUUUGAAGAACCUGCCCCACCCUCACAGGGUUUAGGUAGAGAGGAUGUGAAUGCUAAGGAGGACAACACCCAAUCGUUCAUGGGAGAUGAUGAGUUAUCUGUCCAGAACAGCUCUUGUUCUGGUGUUAGUCACGAAGCUGAGCAGGCCACAGGGUCCUCCACAUCGGAAUCCCCAGCCAGGACUGGUCACAUCUCACAUGUCCAUCUUACUCUGUCCCCUAAAGCCACUGAUCACACCUCUUCCACUGCUGUCCACCCCAGUCAUCCUGUUGCUGUUACAGGGUUGCUACGUAAAGAAUUUGUCCCCCUCAGACACACCUCUUCUGCUGCCAGCAGUCCGGACGAAGGUGUCGGGUUGUCCAGUCCACCAGAGUGGUACGAUGUCAGAGAGCCAAUAAGACACCAGGUGCCUAAAAGACCUGAGACCUCCACCCUGUUCAAAACCCCUGUGCCUCAGGGAAGAAUGACCCUCACAUCCACACAAUCCUCUACACCAUGUCACAGCGUUGGUGUGUCACAAAGAACCUUAACCACUGAAACACCAGCAGUGCCUGUUCUGUUACCUUAUAAACCAUGUGGCAGUGAGGAGCUCUUCUACAUCCCUCAAACAGAAACUGACAUCUCCUCUACCAACCCUUCUGACACCACCAUGGAGAGCUCCCAUACAGGCUCAGACGACGCUGUGCCCCCACGCUUCAGCAGCGAGGUCCUCGGGCACCGAGACACUGGGUUGGACCGUGGAGUCACCAUCAGACACUCAGAGGGCAUCUACAGCAAGAGGCUGAAAACAGCCACCUUCAAAAUGCACGAGCCCGGACACAGAGGUGCCUCUAUAUCAGCAGAUGGACCUUCACAAACAAGUGUGACUCAAGCUCCAAAGCAGUCUUCUCAGGUAUCAGUUGCCUUUACCAGAGUGCCUUUAUCAAGCAACCAAGGAGCCUCCAAGAGAGACCAGGGGACCAGCCCGAUGCAGUUCCCCAGUUAUGAUCAACCAAAGCCGAGCCGUGUGAGAUUUCAUGUGGACUUAGCCUACGACAAGGCGAGCCAUCACCUGGACCAAAGCCCUGUUCCUCAGGCGGGAGAGGAGCACGACCAGGAGAAGAUGGACUCCGGCUUCCAUGACCCCACUUCCAAGCAGAGCAGCAGCACUCUGGACCAGCUGUGGAAGAGGUUCUGUGAUCAGUGGAUCCUGGAGCAGUCCCAACCCACCAGCGACAGAGAGGCAUCACUGCUGGAGCGGCUAGAACGCCUGUCCCGUCUUAUUAAUAACACAAGGGGCACUUACAUGUCAGAACUACAGGGAGAAGAUGCUAUGGGGUACGAAACAAAGAAGGAUAUUGGAGUAGUGAAGAGGAGCGUAGGUUGUGAGGACAAAGGAAUAGAGUGGGAAGUCAGAAGAGGUAGAAAGGUUGAAGGUGAACCUCCUGUCCCUCAUCAGGCCUGGACACAGAGCCUACAGGUAGAUGAAACCUUUCAACCUACAGAGGAGGACAGCCGUGACUCCUCCGUCUCCAGCUUCUCUCAGGGCUCCUCCCAGAGUCAGCACCUCUGUCCUGCAGACAGAGACGAGUCAGAGACCUUAUCCACCAUGUCCAGCUCCAUGUCCACCGUGGACACGGCGCGGCUGAUCCGAGCCUUCGGCGCCCACCGAGUCCAGCACCUGAAAACGAGCUCCAGCCUCAGUAAACUGUACAGCACCAUCGACAAGCAGAAGGAAGGGAGGGAGCAGCGGAGAGGAAGAAACAAAGAGCCGCCUUAUAUCAUCACACUGUCAGAGACCACCGGUACUGAUGAAUCCAUAGUUGCUGCUGAUUCUGCAUCAACCAGCGCUUACACCCUUCCGUCACACAGCGGCCCCUCCAGGACUCUGGCAGCCAAGAAGAGUGUUAAACUGGUCAGCAAAAGCAUCCAGGCAGGCGACCUGGAGAUUGUCAGUAAUGGGACUCGACACCACACCAGAGAUGUUGGAACCACAUUCCCUUCGCCUGGUGAAGCCAGAACUUCCAGGCAGAUUUCAUCCCCUUCAUCCAGCUUAGAGAAGGGAAGAGGAGGGCAGAGGAGCCCCGCUAAGAGUCAGGGGUUACAAAAACAGAGAAAGAUCAAGAGAAGCCAUCCAAAGACCUACCCUAAAGGUGUUUCAUGGUUCAUCUCUGCUGACAACCUGAGGUCUGAAGUGCGUAAGGAGAACCAGCCAGAGGAAGAGGAGUUGUUGUGGAGGCAGAGCACUGCCUGGUUUGAACCAUACAGCAGAAUCAAUCCAUGGAGAGAACCGCUCCGACAGAGACAAGUACAUGAAGACAGAAACAAACACGACGAACCCGAUUUAGAUCCAAGAACCAAAACAAUGUCCUCUAGUUUGGCACGGAUCUCUCUCCAGGAGGCUCUGGAGAUGCAUCGUCCAGUGUUCAUCUCUGAUUCAAGGCGGAGGGUGAAGCGCAUGGCUCUGCAGGCACAGGAGAGGAAGCUACAGGCCAACUUCUGCAGAGAGAGAGAUGAACUCUUCAGCUGGCUUGGAGGAGCACAGAGGCUGCCGAGGCCUGCAGGCACUGCUUUGCUCAGGAGGGCUGUUCCCAGGAAGGAGAUGAUACUGAGAUCCAAACAGAUUUAUGAGAAUCUUCCAGAGGUGCAGAGGAGGAGAGAGGAGGAAAGAAGAAGAGCAGAGUAUCGAUCUUACCGGCUGAACGCUCAACUCUACAACAAGAGAAUCACUAACCAUGUCCUGGGCAGAAGAACAGCCUGGCAGUGAUCGGACCAGUGACACGUUUUUACUAUAGAGGAAAUCAGUGAUGGUAAAACUUCUUUUUACAAUUUUAAUAACAAAACUACCUAACUUAACACAAAAAAUUGCUUUUAUUUAUUUGUGACCACAUUUUUAGUUGGUAUUUCAAAGAUUAUGUAGAAUUGUACUCUUUAGAUACAAAUGUGUUGUAAUGUAAAAAUAAACAAGAUUCUUUAUAAUUUUUGCUAAAUUCCAUGCUUUGAUUGAAGACAAAAUACAGUGUCUUUAAUGUCUUUUAUUGAUCGGUUGUGCAAGAGCAGGAAGCUACACAUGGUAAAGACAAGCUUCAGAUUCAGUACAUCAGCUGCACAGAUAAAUAACAUAUGUCUGCAUUUCCUCUCUUAAACUACAGUAUGCCCAUUAAUUAAAUUAUAAAACUUCAAGGAGAGAGAGAUUUUUUACACUGUAAAUCCUUUAAGGUUAAUCAGCAUUUUUGUUCUGUGCAGUCCACAAGGUUUUAUUCGAACCACAGAGCAAAAUCCUCAAUGCAUUCUGUAGUUUGGUUUCUCCUGUCACUCAGGACUUGGUAUAUGUGCAAAAGUGUCGUUGAUCAAACCACAGUAAAAUGCCCACUACUUCAAAUGGACAAAUCUUCUAUUUUCAGUAUCAUUUCUGAAUCACAAGCCUUUCCCUUUAGACAGUUAGGUUAUAAAAAUGGAGUACACAAAGUGACACCUGAUUAAAACAAAUUGUCAUGAUCCUAAUACUGUGUAGCUUUAACAGUGUUCCACACCAGGGCCAAAGAGGAGUUUGAUAAAUAUUCUACACAACAAAAUCAGUGUAUCUGGGCAACAUGCAGCAGUGCAUUUGCAAGUAUCUCUACUUUUUCUGGCCAUAAAACAAAAUUUCGACGAGCAAGAUGAAGCUUUAAGUUACAGUAUGAAGGGCUGUAGUCGAGAGCACGGCAGUCUAACACAGGUCCUUUUG